AACCGAUCAUCGUCAUAUUAAAUUGAAGUAAAACCGCGUUUAUUUUACCCUUUAAUUCAAUUCCAUACUUUUUCUUGUUCUUUGUUACUCGUACACAAUGAAUUACGCAAACCAAGCAAUGAAGUUCUUCCUUGUCGCUAUAAUUUCUAUUAUCACAAUGCAAACUGCAAUCAAGGCAAUGCCUUUUCCCGAUAACCUACCUGCCCAAGGAGCAACGAUGUACAAUGAAGAUAGUAGCAACUUCAACAAUUGGAUAAAUCAAGUCAGUGGCCGUGGAGCAAGCGCGCAAACUGUUCAGACUUCUACAACAGAAGUUAGUACAGCAGAUGGGCAAACUUUUUUGAUCGAUAAUAUAGAUGGAACAAUUAAACAAACGUCAGGAACUGCUUCUAAAGCAAAUAGUGGCAGUGGUGUUCCCGUUAGGCUUGCUGCAGCCAAAAUGGGCCAAAGUACUACUUGCAAUUUAUUGAUUAUAUUUUAUUGCUCACUUGGCUUAACUAUGUAUUACCUACCAUUUCUCUAAAUUUUUUGUAGAUUUACCGUCUCGUCUGAAAUUGUAAGGGGCCAUUCAUUAAGCAUAAAGCUGUAUUAAGAGCUUUCAAUUUGUGUACCAAAGAAACAUUUGUAUGCUAGCGCCUGUUAUAUACAUUGUAUAACAAUAAACAUUGAAGUUGAUUGAAUAACCAAAUUUUCUUCCAUGAAGAAGCGAUAACAAAAAUUUUACAGAUUUCAAAAUGUAAUAGUCUGUGCCUGUGCCUUUUUUUUUUAGUGGACAAGAUUAUGAACAAUGUUGUAAACCGCUUAUAAGUAUCAUG